AUGGUACCUUCAGCAGAAAGCUGUAGUAUUGCCAGUUGCCACAGUAACGCGUAGCGUCCGAACAUGGCGUCUUUGUUGCGAGAAACUUUAUUCGAAAUUAGUGACCAGGGUCCUGCACCUUCCAAAGACUUUUAUACCCUUGUUGUAACACGGCGUGAAGUGAUCUGGAGAUGGUGGAAAAUUUCUCUGCGAAGUGAAUAUCGGAACACCCAGCCUGGACAACUGAGGGAAUCCCACGAGGAGUUCAAAGAUGAUUCCGUUCUUAUGCACAAAAUCACCGUGGUAUUUGGACCCUCAAUCCUGACAUACGUCUCAAAUCUGUGUAAUGGAGAAUUUGACUACCUGGACCGGAUGCCUGACCCCCUGAUACUCCACAUAAUGACUUUCCUCGACCUGAAUGAUGCUCUUCGGCUGAGAUGCACUUCAUCAAAGUAUAAAAAGCUCUGCGACUCUGACCAGUUUUGGGAGCACAGGGCCAAGGUUGAAUGGGGAACCAUCACACCUGAGAUGGAGUCCUUGGCAAACAUCCUGGGAUGGAAAAAGAUGUUCAUCGCCUAUAAGCUACACGGGGAAGAUACAGAUGAGCCAGAGGAGCAGGAUGAGGAGAAAUCGGAGCAGCAGGUGGAGCAGGAUGAGGAGAAAUCGGCGCAGCCGGUGGAGCAGGAUGAGGAGAAAUCGGAACAGCCGUUGGCAGCUGACUAAGAUCAAGUUUGAUGUUGGCAGUGUGAUGAGUAUGUGGGUGUGUGGUAUAAAGUUGAAGGGAAAAGUUGGUGUGUUCUUUGCUGUGCUUCUCUGUAGUUGUGGAAGUAAUUCAAGGUUAGCAAUGUUAGUGCCAAAUAAGGUGUGUGUGUGUUUGCGGAGUAAGUGCCAAGUGAAGGGUGUGUGUGUGUGGUGCACGAAGUCCGAGCUGCAGCGUUGAUGUUUGCGGAAGUAGUGCGAGACGAGCGGAGCCAGUGCCAAGCGAGCGUGUAUGUGUGUCGGAUAUUGUGCAGGGCGGGGGGAGUCAGUGUUCUGUGUGUGUGUG